GGGUGUGGGCGAGUGUAUAAAUACGCCGGGUUGUCAAACAGUAAAGUUUCUGCGGAGCCUCCACGCUGACUGUCUCCCUGACGCUCCUGGAGAAGAACCUGCAGAUUAAAGCUGGAGCUGCCAUUUUAAACACGCACAACAACCGUGGAGAGGCGAAGCUCUGAGGAGACAAGUCCUCCGGGGAACCUGAGGCCGCACACGGGGGGGGGAUUUACCCGAGAGCACGCAGGAGCCGGGCUGUGAGAGGAGCCGGCCACCCGCUGCCCUCGCCUUCAAGGUGCCUUUUCCAUGGUGACGCCAACAGAAUCGUACAUUUCACAGUAAGCCAGAGGAGAACCUGUGUUUAUAGUCUCAUCUCUCCACCGUCAGCUCCACCAUAUUGAAACACCUUGGUCCCAAGACGGCGCUACGACGGUGCAGCCAUGCAUCUAGAAGUGAAGGUCGCCCUCAACUUCAUCGUGUCCUACCUGUACAACAAGCUGCCUCGGCGUCGAGCUGACCUGUUUGGCGAGGAGCUGGAGAGGAUACUGGUGUCUCGUUUUGAGGGACACUGGUACCCAGAAGCCCCUCUUCGGGGUUCUGCCUUCCGCUGCAUUCACCUGGGAGCGCAGAGGGACCCUGUGGUGGAGUUGGCCGCCAAGAGAAGUGGACUGGACACAGAGGAGGUGCGUGCAAAUGUUCCUGCACAGCUCAGCGUGUGGAUUGACCCGUAUGAGGUGUCCUACCAGAUCGGAGAGAAGGGCGCAGUGAAGGUGCUCUACCUGGAGGAUCCUCCCGGCCUCGGCUGUGAUGGUGAGAGGGCCGAGGGGGGGAUCAGAGAGGGGAACGCAGACGCAGAGAUGGAGGAGGCCAAGAAUCUGGGCUUCAACCCAGACGCUCAGGUGUUUGUGCCAAUUGGAAGUCAGGCGUCUCCUGCCCUGAUGUCAUCGCACUCCAGCUCUCCCACCCCUCUGUCUGCCCAGUCCUGCCUCGGGCUCUUCAGCUACCCCAGCUCCAGCACACCCACCGACCCGGCUGCCCACUCCUCCAACACCUCUACCCCCUCCCCUCCCAGCGGCGGGCUGCCCUACCUCGCCGCUCAGCAGCCGCCCUCCGCUCUGCCCGCUGCCCGCCCUCAACCCAUCACCUUCACCACCGCCAGCUUCGCCGCCACUAAAUUCGGUUCAACCAAGAUGAAGAAGUGCACCGGGACCGGGUCGCCAGCCAGCUCUGGAGUUGUCCUACCACCGGCCCAGAGAAUGCUCUCCCGCUCUCCCACCACCAUCUCGCCGCCAGAGCUGCUCAAGCACAAGCCGCUGUCUCUCUCCUUGCACUCCCUCGGCGGUCCAAACCCCAGCCAGCUCUCUCCCAACGCCAAAGAAUUUGUCUACCCAGGAUCCCCGGGCCCGCUUUACUUCGAUGCCGACUCCCAGCCCAUGCAGCCUCACGCCAGCCCUUUCCAGCCGCCCCACACUGUCAACACCCAUCCCUCCUUCGACCCCUUCUCCAGCCCUCCUCCUCCCCAGAGCGUGGGCAUCAUCAGCAGCAGCGGAGGAAUCUCUUACAUAGAGAAGCCGCCGUUUGUGGAGGGUUUAGGAGGCUACAACCUGCAAUAUCCCAGCCAGUCCUUCCAGCCUGUGGUGCUGGCCAACUAAGCCUUCAUUUCUAACGAGUCGUUUGGUGUUAGGACGGAGACGCUCCUGAUGUUUUCAGUUUUUCUAAGAAAUUGUUCUAAUACUGAUACAAAUUAAGAAUUAGUUUUACUACAAAGAUUACAAUUUUUCAUUUCAUUUACUGAGUACUUCAUGUGGUUUAUUGUUUUUGUUCGUCCAUGACCUCUAACCCCCCCCCCCCCCCCCCCCGCACCCCUUUCUCCUUCGCUGUUGCUCGUCACGUUCCCUGUGUUGGCUUCGAUGUGGAGGGUGAGGGUGAGUUCUUUCUACUUCGAGUCCUUCCCAAUCUCUUAAGUUUAUUGUUUUGCAUUGAAUUCUAAUGCGAGAGAGUUAUUUUUUUUUUUUCCCUCUUUCUUCUUGACUUGUAGUCUAAUGGACCCGGCUUUAGUAUAGCGCCAUUUUGCACUGCACUGUCACGCUGUGGAACAGGACCUGGCGAAGACCUGCAGGGAACGAGGGCUGUGGAGAGCUCAGCACUUUGCUCUGCGAGCUGCUCUGCCCUACUUGCCUCAAGCACAGGGACAGAGGGGCUCUGCCGUCUCUGUGCGUGCAGCUCUGUUUUGUUGUGGCUUAGCGUGAUCAGGAGACUCACUGAUUGUGCGUUGGGGCCAUUACCCUUGAAACGCACUCGUGCAGAGGCAUAUUUUGAGCUGUUGUAAGCGGGUGUGUUCUGAAAGCAGUUUAUCGUCAGCUGGAGUGUGUACAUGGCAAGGGUUCAAAUGAAGCGAGAGCCGGGGAGGGAGCAGAGAGGGAGCAUUGGUGUGUUAGGGGGAGUAAUGAAGUGGAAUGUAUUGUACCUGUCAGGGGAAAUGUUGGUGAAUGUGAAAGGCAAACUACGUGCUGAUACCUCAGUUAUACAGACAGGGAUGUGAAGAUAUGGUCUCAUACAUAUUCAAAUGGACGUGCGUGUAAACAAACGUUUAGGAAAAUGUUCACAUUCACACUAUUCAAGUCAGCAAUGUGUGAAGGUGAACAGAGAGAGAAGGGGGGGGGGGAUGCAGCAGCAGCAGCUCAGCAGGGGGGAUCGUGAUAAAUGGCUAAGCAUGACUUUGACUGUGAAGGAGAGGUUUUCCUCUGCAUGAGAGGAGCGAGGGAUGACGGGAGGAAAUGAGAGGGCGAGCAGCGGCUCCGGGGUUCUGUUGCCUCGGCGGCGUCCAGCGUGUUUUGGCUUAGAGAGCGACACGUUAGAACCCAGAGCACGUUGAUGGUGAGCUUAAAUGGUAUUGAAGCCAAAGGCUCACACUAUUCUCUCCCUCCUCUUGAAAUUCUUCAGUGAUCUCUGCUUCUCCGGCUGCUACAAAGGAGAAAACAGAAUCCUACAGCUCGGGUGGCUCAGUUUCUUUUUUCUUUUCUUUUUCCAGUUGCGGUGAAGUGAACCAAGAUGCAAAGAUGAAUGUUCGUUAUUGACGUGUGGCUUUCGUUGCUUUAUCGGAUGGCUCAUCAGAUCACUGGAGGUCUGUUGUUUCUAACGUCUGUGAACCAGUCGGGUCCGUGUCCCCCCCCCCCCCCCCCUCCCUCCCACCUGUCCAUUUGAGCUGUCCAGCACUUUAUUAUUGGGCUUCUGAUGCUCUGUGUCUCCUACAAACCAUUCCUUUGCCCUCCUGGUUGAUUAAGACACUUUGGAUCCAGCGGUCGUGAAACGCUUUAGAGAUCGAAACACAAACUAGAUUUGUAUUUAAAUGCAUCACGCCGGUGUGGAGAUGCUGUCAGUCCUGUCCGUUGAUUUAAGUGUUUUCCUUGUGUCCAUGUUUUUUUUAAAUGACCCCAGGACCCUUGACUUGUGCUCACACUGGUAUUGCGAUGUCACAGCUUGUCAUAUGCAUGGAAUAUUUCUUUUCUUUUUUAAGGGGAUAUAUAUAUAUAUAUGUAGGGAGUCUCUGUAAAUGUGGCUGUGAGGGAAAGAAGAAUUUCUAACUUUGUUUUGUAAUUUAUUUCCGAUAUUUCUAUAUUUUUGUUUUUUUGUGUGCAAAUUCUCACUUGCAUUUGUAUGAGUAAGAGAUGACUGCAGUCCAGGAAUAUGUGUAUAUAAAAAAAGUUCUUAUGUUGAGAUUCUUUGUUUAGUUUCUUACACGCCGAGGUUAUUUUUUCAGAAGAUAACGUGAAUAUAUAUGCAAACUGAGGAAAAAAAAUAAAGAUGUACAGAAUAAAGUAUUGAAUGUUUAUUGUAUCAUGUAAGCAUUUGUCUAAUAAAGACGGGUAAAUGUAUUCAUUCUUCAAGUUGGGUUUGGAGUUUAAAGGCACGAAUGUUUACAGUGGGUUUGUGUAGGAAAAGAUGGCGACAAUAUCCCCACAGGCAGUUCAUCCAAACCAAAAAUCGUUACGUUUCAAAUUCAUUUGAUUCGCAAUAUCCCCCCCACAACCCCCUCCUCGUCAUGUAAACUAAUUGCAUUUCAUGUUGUUAAAAGUUGUUAUUUAAAAACACUGACAGUGAUUCCCCCCCCCACACAUCCUCCGUGGAUUUCUCUUUCUUUCUUUAAGUGUUACUCACGUAUUUAUUUAAUUGCAGUCUUCAUAUUUAAUUUCCCAACAAACUCUACUUUAUCACAUCUGUUGUUUUUCCCUCCCCCUCCCCCCCAGCCUGGUCCUCUGGUCCUGAUACUAUAGCCAUAUCCCAGACUGUCUUUGCUUACACAGAUGCUCACCCUUCUCUAGUGCAAUGUAACGCCAUAAGUUAAAAAUUACCCUGAAAGAUUCAAGGGGUUUCUACCUCUCUCUGCACCCUGGGGAAAGAAUAUAAUCAAUAUAUGUAUUUCUCUUCAAUAGGAAGACAGUGUUAACGUCAGGUUUGGAAAAACGGUGGAAAUGAAUGUGCUCGGAUUGAGAUUCUGAUAUAAGUCAACCCUGGUUGAGAAGGCCUGCGUGAAACAAACCGAGUGAAGUGCUUCUCUUAUUGUGUGUUUAAAAGUCUUGUGGUUGGGGGGGGGGGGGGGGGUCAGCAAUGUCCCUUCUCUUCCCCAUGUGUCAGAUUAUUCGGGGUCUUGUCACUAAUUCUCCUCCGAUCUGGCUCUUGAGGUGAGAGAUGUGUAAAAGCUGGUUUCUGGAGGAGAUAAGACUUCAUUUCUCACUUGCCACAAAUCAAGUGUUCUCUUACACUGGAAACACGGGCUGUUCUACAAUCAGGGUUGAUCAUUUACGAAGUGGGGAAAACAAGAAUUUUGUAUUCUGAUGUCCUUUUGCUCAAUAUCGAUGUGUGCGUUUUAUUUUGCACUUUGGAGAAUUUCAUUGUCAUAAAAGAAGUUUAUUUUCUAUGUAAGAUUUAACAUUUAAGAAUAAAUGGAUAUAAUUAAAAAGUUCAGAAGAUGUAUAAAUAUAUUGCUUUUCUUUCCUGCCUGUAUUUUAUUAUUUUUCCUAUUUUGUAUCAGAUCUGUACACGCUGUAGAUGUGUAAUGAAUCUUUCACUACUGAAAUGCAAUGACCUGUUUUCUGUGCUGCCCCCCUCAGGAAUGGGGGGAGUGACUAUUGCAGUUUUUCUUAUUGUAUCAGAUUCUUUUUUAAGUUUGUAAUAAAAACAGAUUGGCGAAAAUAAGCAUGGAAAAUAA